AUGGGAAAGUACUGCUACUGUACCCUGGUCAUAGCUGCUGAUGGAGAAAGAAACGCAUCAAAAGCCCUGCGCGAAGCUAGUCUCAUGCUCAACGAUAAACCGGUCGCACUCCAACUACGAUACCUCCAGACACUAUCCAGCAUUGCUGCGGAGCACAAUUCCACCAUCAUCUUCCCGCUGCCUAUCGAUAUGACAACCAGCUUCCUUACGAGCACGCCCGCUCCAGGUUCCUCACUCAGCGUCUAA